CAGAUUCUGAUAAAAGCAAAAAGAAAAUUACUGCAAUAGUUGUUAUAAAUUCAAAUAUUCGUCUCUGUUUAAAUUUCUUGUAGUAAUUUUCUCAGAAAGAAGUUGCACAGCAAAAUCAACACACCGAGAACAAAGUGAUAAAAGCAAAGCGAAAUCGGUGGUGUUACAAACCCAAAAACGUAAGAGAGAAGAUUCCAAAGAUCAUUAUUCCUUCUUUUUCACCAUUGUUUCUCUCCUCCAAGAACUCCAUAACUACCACCGCCAUUGCCGCAAACCUCAGAUUUCGGUUUCCAGUAACCACUCUGAGUGUUGUUUUUCCUCUUAAAAUACACUCGCUUUGCCAGAUCUUGCUUCCAGGUUCAGGGCCUGUUUUCUUAUAACAAGUAUCUUUUCUCCUUACAUGGGGAAUGCGUGCCCUGUUAACUAGUGAAGAAGAAAAGCUCUUGUGUAUAGUUUUAUGACCAUACAAUCAGAAAAGCUUGGAUAUAAUGGGGAUGAGUACACGCAGUUCUACCAAUAGGAAACCAAGUGAUAGUAUGAGACUAAUUGUGACAACUUUUGUUGGAAUAGUUUUUGGAUUCUUUAUUGGAGUGUCAUUUCCGGCAUUGAAUACAAAGUUGAAUCUCCCAUCCAGCCUGCUUCCUGUCAUUGACCUUUCUUACAUUCAAGAGAAAUAUGCAGUUCAUGCACCUGCUUCUGUGAAAAAUAAUGGCGACUCAUCACAACAGCAGUUAAUAAAUGAUACGUUGAAGAUAUGGGUUCCAUCAAAUCCAAGAGGUGCAGAAAGAUUACCCCCUCAGAUUAUUGAAGCUGAGACAGACUUUUAUUUGCGUAGAUUGUGGGGUCAGCCCAGUGAGGAUUUAACCUUAAAGCCAAAGUACCUUGUAGCUUUCACUGUCGGUUAUAAUCAGAGAUAUAAUAUUGAUGCAAAUGUGAAAAAGUUCUCAGAGAACUUUACAAUAGUUCUAUUUCAUUAUGAUGGCCAAACAACUGAGUGGGAUGAGUUUGAGUGGUCAAAGCGGGCAAUUCAUGUGAGUGUUCGCAAACAGACUAAAUGGUGGUAUGCCAAACGGUUUCUGCAUCCAGACAUUGUGGCACCAUAUGACUAUAUUUUUAUAUGGGAUGAAGACCUGGGUGUUGAGCAUUUUAAUGCAGAGAAAUACUUAACACUUGUGAAGAAGCAUGGAUUGGAAAUUUCGCAGCCUGGUUUGGAACCUAAUAAAGGGUUGACGUGGCAAAUGACAAAGAGAAGAGGUGAUCGUGAAGUUCACAAAGAAACGGAAGAGAAACCAGGAUGGUGUAGUGAUCCCCAUCUGCCUCCUUGUGCAGCGUUUGUUGAGAUUAUGGCUCCAGUUUUUUCACGUGAUGCAUGGCGUUGUGUGUGGCAUAUGAUUCAGAAUGAUUUGGUCCACGGGUGGGGCCUGGAUUUUGCUCUUAGAAAAUGUGUUGAGCCUGCACAUGAGAAGAUUGGCGUUGUUGAUUCUCAGUGGAUUAUUCAUCAAAGUGUUCCCUCACUAGGGAAUCAGGGAGAAUCAGAAUCUGGGAAGGCACCAUGGCAAGGGGUGAGGGAGAGGUGUAAAAAGGAGUGGACAAUGUUCCAGAGUCGGCUGGCAAAUGCAGAAGAUGCAUAUUACAAGGCCGUGGGAGUAGAUAUGUUUAAUUCAACUACUCCUUAACGACAGAACCUGACUUGUACACAGCCAUCACCAUUGUUGAGUUCGAUUUUGCAUAAUAUAUAGUUUUUUCUUUAAGUUUGGAAGUUACUUGCACUUGUAACUCAGAGUCCUAAACAACAGUUCAAUGUGGGAUUCCAGUGUAAGUAGUGUUAGAGAAUUAGAUAAUAUAGGUAAAUGAAACUUACUGUAAGUAGUGUAUUUGAUUAUAUAAUAUUCUUUGUCUUAGGAACCUUUGCUUGCAGGGAAUACGAACGCAAUACCGUAUAAAGGUAUACACUAUUUGGGUAUGAUAA